AUGAGAAACAAGGGAGUAGUUAACGCGCUCAUUGGUUUUGUGUCGACAUCUAGCGGCGUUGGAGUAGCAAAGUUGGAUGGAGUGAAAACCUAUAUGAGGAUGAGGAGAGUGCCAAAGCAUCUUCAGGUGAAGGUGAUCAAAUGGUUCGACUACCUUUGGCUGACGCAAAAAUGUUCGGACGAAGAAAAAGCUGUCAGCUGUCUUCCCGACAAGCUGAAGGCCGAAAUCGCGAUAAACGUUCACCUGGACACGUUGCGGAGGGUGGAGAUCUUCCAGAACACGGAGGCUGGCUUCCUGUGCGAGCUGGUGCUAAGACUGCGACCCGUACUUUUCUCACCUGGCGACUACAUCUGUCGCAAAGGUGAGGUAGGCAAGGAGAUGUACAUAGUGAACAGAGGGCGACUGCAGGUGGUGACUGAUAACGGGAAGACAGUCCUCGCUACCCUUAAGGCUGGUUCCUACUUCGGAGAGAUCAGCAUUCUCAAUAUGAGGACUGCAGGUAACCGGCGAACAGCCAGUGUGCGCUCGGUGGGCUACUCGGACCUCUUCGUCCUCAGCAAGAAGGACAUGUGGGACGUCCUGAAGGAAUAUCCCGCGGCCAGGAUCAGACUGGAAGCCAUCGCAGUGAAGAGGCUGGAGAAGUAUAAGAGGGCUCCCCUCGAGAAAGCCGCAAUGGGACGAUGUCAAAGCACGCCAGGACUCGUGGAGUCACGAGGUCGUAUACCAUUGGAGGAGAUGUGGGUUUCACCCGUGGACACAAAGUCCACUCACGCGUACUCGGCUGGCCACUCGUUGUUCUCUCCCAGCCCGAGCCCUGUGACGUCGCGUGGUUUGGCCGGCACAGGGAACAACGUCAACGCGAACAACGUAGCGAGGAGCAUGGAUAGUCCGAUGAGUGCCACUAGCAGCGGCCACAGCAGCGAGGAGCAAACCGCCAGGGCACCGCAAUCCGCGACCGCACCGCCAUCUACCGGCAGACAAUCCACUCACUCUGGUGUGACCGGCAACAGCAUGACUCAAUUAGUCGGCGAAGGUGCCACACCACUUUUAGGAACUAACGAAGCUUUAUUGGCCGAAAUUAAACGCCUUCGGGAACGUCUAAUUUGUUUGGAGUCUGAAAACGCAGCAAUGAGUUCGAAACUAAAUCAACAACAAUGGGAAGUUGAGAAUAGAUUGGCCGAAAUCGAGAUGCAGAUUUGCGGUGCCAGCUCCUCUUCCAGUUUAGAGGACAACAAUGAGAGAAAUCGAGAAAGAUAUGCAGUAGAUGAUAAAGAAGAACUUGAAGAAGCUAGAAUCUCUGGUAGAUCUAGUGAUACAAAAUCAAUUGGUAGCCUCAGUCAACAUUUCUUUGAGAGUGAUGAAGAUGAGAAAUACUAUGGCACUUGUAAUGGUUACGUUUCUCAACCUGGCAGCAAGUCAAAUCUACUGCUAUGCAGUGAAUGUGAUCAGAAAACUCGUACCUGCACGUACAGACCGCAAACGCCUGGCUCUUAUUGUAGUAGAUACGUUGAAGAACGUUUCGACGAUCAACUUCAAGAACCAGGAACUUCUCGCACAUAUAGAAGCCCAAGUCACAUGUCUUCUCCUCGGUCGGUAUAUCAUGAUCAGGAUUAUAGCGGUCAAUCUUCUUCGCCUAAGUCAUUGUAUCGUGAUCAAGAAUAUCAAGCUCGAAGAGGUUGGACGAAAAAAUAUGAACAGGAGCAUGAUCGAAGAGACUAUGAAGACAGAGACCUAAAGCAAGAUGAUGACAGUCCUGUCUGUGAAGUCUGCCAUGGAAAUGGUAAUGUUGUUCAAUGUGAACAUUGUGACUUUUCUAGCGAAGGUGAUUUAAUAUGCUUCCGAUGUCAGAGUGAUGAAGGCUCAUCAAAUGGUCAGAAUUGUCCCCGUUGUGAAAAAAAUGAGAGAAUACUGUCUAGUAGAAUAGGAUCACAAAGGGGUGCAACAUCAUCCAGUGAUGAAGGAAAGUACCCAGUAGAUGCUGUAGUAAAAAUCCAAGUUAAUGACCAUAUGAUUGAUGUAGACUCAGAUGAGACACCUGAAAGUGACUUAUCAAGUAGUCAUCACCACCAGAGAAGUACAAUGGAACGACUAGAUACUAUUGUUGAGGCAAAGGGAGACACUGCCAGUGAAAAUGAUGAGGAAAACGGGGGUACAAAGCUAAAUGGAACUAGUAGCGCAAGAUAUCUCAAUUAUAUGAUCGUACUGUUUCUGUAA